ACUAUAAAUUUAACACAGAGAUUCAAAGAAAUAACCUGCAGCAGUCAGGCUUUCAGAUACAGACACGAUUAAUUCAGCGGAGGGAUGGUCCGCCAUUUUCCCGUGAAACGAUUUGACUCCGCCCAAAUGGGGUGAGCUCCAAGCGCAGAGGGACGAGCGGAGUUUUUAAAUAGGUCUCCUCCGUUCACUGACGAUCAGUUAGUCGCUGGACCUCGUUCGCCAAAACUGGGCAGAUUUGCUUUUAAAAAAUAAACAAUCUCAUUCGAAAUUCUUCACUUGAAAAUUAUUUGGUUUUAAUGUUUUCCCACACUGUGAUUGAUAAGACUUACCAAUCAAUUGUAAUACUGUUGUUAUUAUGAACCAUUCGAUGGCACCGACACCGGACAUGCACAAUAUUUACGGUUUUCACCAUCAUCACCAUCAACAGCAACAGCACCAGCAACAAUCACCCGAUUUGCUCAGAAGUGGAGGUCACGUUGUGACCACUAAAGCCGAUUCUUCAUCCUCGUCACCAUCAAUCUGUUAUAAUAAGACUUCGACUUUCACACAAGAUUUCAUGUUGGCCAACGACUCAUGUCAAACACAACAGCAGCAAGACGACGACAGUUGCAGUGACGGAGAAGACUCAAGCCAACCCAGCUGCACUUACCGAUCUGUCCACCAUAGUUUCGUGGGGACGUCGAUUAGACAAGGCUCCGACUUGUCGUCGGCUGGUUCGAUGGGUCGACACAACAUGGUGCCAGCGGACGGUUACUACGGUGCGGGUAGCGGUAACCACGGUAGUGGUAGCGCGGGCCAUCAUCAUCACCACCAUCACCAUGGUCACCACCAUCACCACAACGGCAACGGAAACGGUCAUAAUCAUCAUCAUCAUCAUCAUCACAAUGCUCCGGCAGGAAUGGCGGCCACGGCGAUUGUGGAUGCACAAAGCGCGGGCGGCGUCGGAGGUGGAGGCGGCGGGUACAGGGUGCAGAGGCAAGCGGCCAACAUACGGGAACGUAGACGAAUGUUGAGGUCAGACCUGGCGCCGACUCGGGCAGCGGAUAGGCCCACGCCGGUCAAAAUCAGCAUCAACUCGGCGUUCGACGAGCUCCGCGGUCAUGUGCCCACGUUCCCGUACGAGAAGCGACUCAGCAAGAUCGACACACUCCGUCUGGCCAUCGCUUACAUUGCGCUGUUGCGCGAAGUUCUGUCGGCCGACUGCGACCCGCUAACGUACGUCCAGCGGUGUCUGAGCGGCGAGCGGACGCCCGAACGCGCCGAAUGGAAUACCAGCGAUCUAACAGCCAGACUUUCGUGGAUCAACUGGGAAAACUUGGGCGUGAAUCCCAACAGGCGAGGCGUCUUGACAUCUUAUUCGAUUCCUGACAACGUUAACAACUAAAAUAAACGUGUAGAACGCUGGCGGGUUGGAACGCUUAAACCAGUUAAACCUGUCGCCUUUGUAUAUAAUGUAAUAUGUAUAUUAUUUUCGUUUUAGGGAUUUUAUUCAUUGUUAAUAUUUUAUUAUAUCGAUAAUUAUAUAUUAGUUUUAAUAGGGAAAUGUGCAAUAGGUACAAUAUAUAUUGCAGAUGUCUAGAUCCUUAUUACUUACCUAUACGUGGUUACGCAUAAUGAAUAUCUAUAAUGCACGAGUAGAAUAUUAUCUACAUCGUGAUCUAAUGAUGUUUAAGGGUAUUCGAUAUCGACCGUUAAUAAAGAAUUCAAUGUUAUAGGCAAUAACCUGAAAUCUGAAUGACCUAAAUGUGCGCAUGAGUGUCGUAAAAUAAAUUGUCGAAAGUUCUAGCAUGCACAAUCACAUGUGUGCAGUGUGCACUAACCUGCUGUAGUCAAGGAAAAAUAUCUUUCAUUUAAAUGUUCGUAGGUACUUAUCAACUUUUUGAGGUCCUUACCGGUAAGACUAAGUAUCAACACUACCAGCUGUAAUAAGUAGCUCAGUCUUCAGAUAUUAUAAUGACCCUUUCAGAAAAUCCAUUUAUGACCUAAAAACCCUAAAUAAUGCCCUAUAAAAAGUUUAAAAAUGCACUUAGACGUCUAAGGAGUUCGUUGUAAGCAUAAUGUGCAGGUACUCGAAACACAUUUUUAUUUUGGAAAGCAUCUUGUCAAGCAUUUCAGAACAAAGAUGCAAAUGCUUCGAAAUCCGAAUCAAGUGCUAAGAAAUCUGAAAACCUAUUCGUGAUGGACUAUGCAGAAUGCAGUUUAUCUACGUAGAUACAAAAUACGAAUCAUAGGUACUAGUUUUUUAUUUAAAUUUCUUAGGUAUAAUUAAUAUUUUUAAAUUCUACAAUUUUUACAUUUUAAGAUCAAAUUUCACUACUCAUAUCGCGUAGACAAAAUGUGAAAUAGUGGAUGAUUAAGGAACUAAAAUAAACUUAUAAUAAAUCAUAGCGAACUCAAAUGGGUUUUUAGAUUUCUAAUCACACCACUAGUUUUGUUGGUACGAUGGUACGAACUACGAAUGUACAAUGGACAAGAUAGGUACGUUUUCGUAAAAAAUUAAAAAUGGUCGGUAUGGAAUUCCCUUACGUGUCAAUACUUGACCAAAAUAAAAUUAACAACUAUACAUUGUGUAAUUUUAAGUUUAAACUAAAAUAUUAAAUUGAGUAGGUAUGUACUUACAACUUGUUGUGUUAUAACUUAUAAGUUAUAACAUACCUAAUGGAUUAAUAGUUCCUAAGUGCCAAAAAGGAAGUUAGUAAAUUACCUAUUAAUUUUACAUUAACAUGUUUUAGUUUGUUUUGUGAAACGCUUUUUGAUUGAUUAAAAACGAUAAAAAAAUGUAUAGUUUAGGUUACCUAAUAUCAUAUUAAAUAUGAUUCCUUAAUAAGAGUGUUAAUCAUUAGACAAAGUCUAACAUAUUGCAUAUGAUUUCGAUAUUUUCAGCGAGAGAAUUAAUUUUUUCAGUAUGAAAAUAGUAAAUACAGAGUAAGUAAUAUGACACUAAGUACAAACAACUGCAAGUAUGAUUGAUUGGUUUAAAUAAUUUGAAAUACAUAUUAAAUUGAGUAGGUACCUACAAUAUUAUUAAAACAAAUAGCAACAAAAUUAUUUAAAAUAUCAAAUCAAACUAACAUAGACAAUAUUUAAAGACUAGGUACAAUAAUAGUAAUGAUAAUAGUAAAUAUUGUACAUCUAUUAAGUACCCGGUUGGAAUGUUUUUUGAUCAAUUGUAAUUGAAGAGACGGCUGAAACACCACUGAAACUAGCAUUUAAAUAUCAUGUAUAACCUAAUAUUUUUUGCCUUUUGUUAUGAUAAUAAUAAAGUUCAGUUUCUAUGUCGUUAAC